UGUGGACGGACCGUGUGUGCACGGACUGACGGACCCGGUGUGGACGGACUCACAGACCGAAUGUGGUGCGGACUGACACACUGAGUGCCGGACGGACCGACGGAGAAUGUGUCGGACGGACCGACGGAGAAUGUGUCGGACUGAAGGAGUGUGUGUCGGAUGGACUGAUUGACCGGGUGUGGGGCGGACAAAGUGUGGAGUGGGCGGACCGAUAACAGAUAAAAUGUAGGACCAGUGGCCUGGGAGGGUGUGGGGCGGACCAGUUUAUGUGUCUGAUAGGCGGUUCUGUGUCUGACACCUCUUGGGUAUGUGUAUCUGACGGGUUAGAGUGUGUGAUUCUGAUAGGUUGAGUGUAACACUAACCAUGGAGUGUGUGACUGACAGAGAUGGUUGCCGUUUGAGACUUUCUAGGUGGGUUGUGAGAUACUGUGAGAGGGUGAGCAUGUGACGAUGUUAUUUCAAGUGUGACUGAUAUUCUUUGUGUGUCCUUGAGGUGGUGACUAAGAUUAUGAAUGACUGUGAUCAGAAUCAUAAUGUGUAAUGGAAAUGCUGCGAGGGCCUGUGUUUAUUUUUGAGACGAAGUCUUGCUCUGUUGCCCAGGCUGGAGCGCAGUGGUGCAAUCUCGGCUCACUGCAACCUCCACCUCCCGGGUUCAAGCGAUUAUCCUGCCUCAGCCUCCCGAGUAGCUGGGAUUACAGGCACCUGCCACCACACUUGGCUAAUUUUUGUAUUUUUGGUAGAGACGGGGUUUCACCAUGUUGAUCAGGCUGGUCCGGAACUCCUGACCUUAGGUGAUCCACCUGCCUAGGCUUCCCAAAGUGCUGGGAUUAUAGGCAUGAGCCACCAUGCCUGGCCAGGCCUGUGUUUAUUUGACUGAUUAUAGGUGACAUUGAGAUAUUUCCUGUGUCUGGGUAUUUUGAAGGCUAUGGCUGACAGACUGUACCUGAGAUAAUAUGUGUUAAUAUAUGAUUGACUGAGAUUUUUAUCAGGGAGACUAAAACUUGGGUGAUCCACAAACAGUUUACCAAGCAUAUGAGAGAGGAUUUGUGCUUUGCCAUGUCUGCAGCUGAAACUGGGUGACUAGUGGUCAUUCAGCUGGGCUUAUGGAUAUGUCCCCCAGUGUUUGCUUACGUGUAGCAGGGGGCUAUGGAAUCCAUACAUCUACUGCAUGUUUACUGUGCACCAGGCCUGUGCUGGACACUUAUAAUAAAUCACCUCAGAUAAUCUCAUAGCAACCCUCUGAGGCCCAGUUCCAAGGCUCCGGCAUCCUGUGUCUCACUGAGCACUGCUGCCCGAUGGCCAUCCCCAAGCACUCCCUGAGCCCAGUGCCGUGGGAAGAGGACAGCUUCCUUCAAGUGAAGGUGGAGGAGGAAGAGGAAGCCAGCCUCUCCCAGGGCGGAGAAUCCAGCCGUGACCACGUUGCUUACCCUGAGGCUGCACGCCUGCGCUUCCGGCACUUCCGCUAUGAGGAGGCAUCUGGUCCACACCAGGCCCUGGCCCACCUCCGAGCGCUGUGCUGUCAGUGGCUGCAGCCCGAGGCGCGCUCCAAGGAGCAGAUACUGGAGCUGCUGGUGCUGGAGCAGUUCCUGGGUGCACUGCCCCCAGAGAUCCAAGCCUGGGUGGGAGCCCAGAGUCCCCAGAGCGGAGAGGAAGCCGCUGUGCUGGUGGAGGAUCUGACUCAGGUGCUGGACAAGAGAGGAUGGGAUCCAGGAGCCGAGCCCACAGAGGCAAGCUGCAAGCAGAGUGACCUGGGAGAGUCAGAGCCAUCAAAUGUGGUCACUGAGACCCUCAUGGGAGGUGUUUCCCUUGGACCCGCCUUUGUGAAGGCAUGUGAACCUGAGGGCAGCUCAGAGAGGUCUGGAUUAUCAGGGGAGAUCUGGACAAAGUCUAUCACCCAGCAGAUCCAUUUCAAGAAAACUUCAGGGCCUUACAAGGAUGUCCCCACAGACCAGUGUGGCCGUGAAUCUGGUGCCUCAAGGAACAGUUCUAGUGCGUGGCCAAACCUCACCUCCCAAGAGAAGGCUCCUUCAGAAGACAAAUUUGAUCUGGUGGAUGCUUAUGGGACAGAGCCUCCAUACACCUACUCAGGGAAGAGGUCCUCCAAGUGUCACGAGUGUAGGAAGAUGUUCCAGAGUGCUUCGGCGCUCGAGGCACACCAGAAGACCCAUUCUCGGAAGACACCAUAUGCCUGCAGCGAGUGUGGGAAAGCCUUCAGCCGGAGCACUCACCUCGCCCAGCACCAGGUUGUCCACACAGGGGCGAAGCCCCAUGAGUGUAAGGAAUGUGGGAAGGCCUUCAGCCGAGUCACCCACCUGACUCAGCACCAAAGGAUUCAUACUGGAGAGAAACCCUACAAAUGUGGAGAAUGUGGUAAAACCUUCAGCCGCAGCACUCACCUCACCCAGCACCAGCGGGUGCACACAGGGGAGCGGCCCUACGAGUGUGACGAGUGCGGGAAGGCCUUCAGCCAGAGCACGCACCUGACUCAGCACCAGCGCAUCCACACAGGGGAGAAGCCCUACAAGUGUGACGCGUGUGGCAGAGCCUUCAGCGACUGCUCAGCCCUGAUCCGACAUCUGAGAAUCCAUUCUGGAGAGAAGCCAUAUCAGUGUAAGGUUUGUCCGAAGGCCUUUGCGCAGAGCUCCUCCCUCAUUGAGCACCAGAGGAUCCACACAGGAGAGAAGCCUUAUAAGUGCAGCGACUGUGGGAAGGCCUUCAGCCGUAGCUCAGCCCUGAUGGUUCACUUGCGGAUCCACAUCACGGUACUGCAGUGACCUGAUGGUUCACUUACGGAUCCACAUCACGGUACUGCAAUGAUCGGAAAUCGCCCCUCGGGGCAUAGCACAGCGUCUUCUUGGAGGCUCAACAUCUGAGAGAAACCCUGAGUUCCUAAAGAGCCACAAACAGCAUGGGUGGUUGAUGAGUUGUCAAAAUGAUAGGUGCCUGAGGGCAGACUCGGGCUGUCUAGGAACAACUCUGCAUUUGAGGAACCCUGAUGAGCACAAGGUGAUUCAGGCCAGCUGGAGAAGCUUCCAGAAGGGCCCUGCACUGCUACCCUCUAUUUCCCACUCAGGGCUGUCCCAGAGAGAAGGCAGCUGAGCUGAGGAUUUAGACUGAUUCUGAGGGCCAGGGCAAAUGAAGGCACAUGUCUCUCAGAACUCAGCGUCCCAAGAUGCUCUGGGCAGACAGACUAUAUAGCUUGUUCUCAUGUGGUUCUUCUUGCCUGCUUUUCUGCUGCUUAACCCAGAAGGGACACCUGCCAUGCCCACCUCUGUGCCUUGGCACCUACUAUUUCCACUCCAGCCUAUUUUGUGCCUAACUGCAAGGCUGACUUUUGAGACUGCCUCUUCCAUGAUGCCUUUUCCACACUCUGCCUCUCUCAUGGUUUCCUGUCGUAAUCAGUGGUGCUGCUUGACACCUGCCCAACAUGUUCCUGUCUCUCCUUUUCCUUCCACAUCCCACCAGUCACCAGCGCUAUUGUUUUAACCUAAAGCUUAUCUCUAAUUCACCUCCUUUUCCACCACUGCUACCUUAUGUGAGCCCUCAUUGCCUCUUGCCUGGAUUAUAGCCGAGGUCUCCUUCCUGACCCCUUCUUGCCUUUAUUCUCUUCCCCUGUAUCACUCUCCAGGGGACUCUUGAUAUUACUUAGAUCUGACUGUAUCACUCCAAGGUGGAAAGCUCUCCAACCCAUCUCCUUCUACAGCACAGCUUCCUGAACAGGGUAUAAGCAUGCUGAGAUGCAAGCUGCUCUGGGCCCCGAGCAACCUCUCCAGUUAUCCUCAUAUGCGUGUAUGAAUAUCGUCAUUUUUCUGUGCAUGCAGUGAUGUGAAAAUGGCCUCAUCUCAUACCAUGGCUCCACCUUCCAUACACCAGCCACACGGAACUACUGUGGUUCCCGAAGGAGCCAUACAUUUUCCCACUUAUGUGCCUUUGUACCUGUGCCUGGAACCCUCCUCUCCUUUUUCUUUUUUUUUUUUUUUUUUUGAGACAGAGUCUUGCUCUGUCACCCAGGCUGGAGUGCAGUGGCGCGAUCUCGGCUUACUGCAAGCUCUGCCUCCCGGAUUCACGCCAUUCUCCUGCGUCAGCCUCCCGAGUAGCUGGGACUACAGGCACCUGCCACCACGCCCAGUUAAUUUUUUUUUUUUUUUUUUUUUGUAUUUUUAGUAGAGAUGGGGUUUCACCGUGUUAGCCAGGAUGGUCUUGAUCUCCUGACCUCACGAUCCACCCGCCUCGGCCUCCCAAAGUGUUGGGAUUACAGGCGUGAGCCACCGCGCCUGGCGCUCCUUUUUCAUCUAAGGUGUUUCAAAUGUCACCCAAAGAAGCCUCCCUGCUCUCCAGGAGCAGACUUCAGCUUGCCCUCUCUGCUUCCAGAGCACCUCCUAGAUACCUCUCUUACAAAUCCUACCACCUUGUUAUACUUAUUUGCUCCUUGUAGAGCUUAUAGUCAGCGUUUUCCAAGGAUACUAUAAGCUCCUGAUAGCAGGGGCCAUGUCUUACUCUCAGUAUCUACAACACACAAGACUCAGUAGGCCUUGACUGAUGUCUCUUACAUGAAUGUGACUGGUGCCCCCAGGAGGCAGUCACCAUGCUGUCUCUGCCCCACAUUGUCCUUAUGUAUGUUUACAUGGAUGUCUCCCCAGCCGCUUGAACCCUGGAGAGCAAGAACAAUCUGAUUUUCCUGGGGGCCAGCACCCAGAUAAGCCUGGCAUGCAGUGGCCUCAAUAAAAUGUGACUGUAUUGAGUCUUUUUUCUAGGGCCCCAGAUCCCCUGGUGUCACGGACUUAGUCUUUGCCAGCAUUCUGUCCAUGUGUUCUCUGGUCUUCUCUCACAAUGCUGCAUCCCUGUCCCAUUUUUAGGGUCCAUGUCUAUCACUGGAUGCUGCAGCUUCUGUUCAUUACUGUUAGGGUAUCAUUCUUCAUGCCUCUGUUUCUGUGAUGGUCUCAUCAUAUGUGAACCAUUGGACCUGGCGUAUUGUGUACUAGUCACCGUCACCAUCUCUCCGUAUGUAUCUCCCUGUAUUUCGGGCCCAUUCCCUCUAUGUCAAGAGUAAACAGAGGCACAAAGACUGAUGAGAAAGGUUCAUAACAUGAAGGUAAGACUCAGGGAGACAGAGACUUUGUGGAAGUAUCUCUGAGGGAGUCCCAGACACAGGCAGAGAGGGCCACAUAUCGUGUGGCAGAGGUUGAGAGACAGACAGGGAUGACAGGCUUAGGGGAAAACUCAGAGAGGAGAGAUGCACAUUCCCAGUGAAAUGAUUGCACAGGCUUCCAGCAGGCUGGAGGGAACAGAAAAGGCAUGGGCCUGAAUUCAGGCUGCAGAGCCUGACUCCUCCCUGUGGCUACUUUUGGGACCUAAGAUAAGUGACUUUCCUGAACCUCCAUGACCUCCUCAUAUGUAAACCAGGGACAGGACCCACCUUGUAUAGUGCCUGACCCAAAGCCUGGCCCUGCACACUGUCUCACUCACAGCAAUCAUCAGCACCUCUCUUUGCCUCCUACUUGCUCAGUCUCUGUCACAAGAACUGGAUCUACAUCCCCUUGAUGCUCUGAGCAUCUUCACCCAUUUGGUCGUUGAGAUGUGUCUGUCCAUGUCUGUCUAAAAGGGGAGGAGAUGAGGGAGAAAAAAGGGAAUCUACUCAGAGCCUGUGUGUGCUGCCCAGUGUACCAAAUAAUUUAUAUACAUCUCAAUCCUCACACAACCAUCCCUGUUUUAUAGAGGAGGAAGUGGCUUAGAGAAUGUAACUGACCAAAGUCACACUGCCAGAAACUGGAAGCACUAGGAUUUCACAGCACAUCCAAAUAUGUCAGCAAUUUCAAUAAACAUGACUGUACUCAACAAA